GUAGCCUUCAGACAACGGUUGUGUUCUUCACUAAAAGUUCAGAAAACCGGAACUGAAAUUCGAACGUUUUUUUCAAUUGGCUGGAGAGAAGGAGGAUCAGAGAAACACCGAUCACAGGAGAGAGCUGCAGUCUCCUCCGACUGUCACAUUUACAGCGUUUGUUUCACUCGCGGAGGACGGAAAAUUACGAAACUUUGCCUUGUUUUGUUUGCAAUCGACAGGAAAGCCACGAGCCCUCCAGCCAAACGAAAACGCAUCCAGAUGUUUCAUGUCUGAGAGUCGCUGUCAUACGAGACCAGACCAGAGGACUCAUCCAGCUCUUCAUCCGAGAUCUCCCUUCAUGUAUUGAUUUUUUAUUUUAUUUUAAUGUAUUUAUAAUCAGUUUCUUCUUCAAGUUUUCUCUGAAGAUUUGAGGCAGGACUAAAUUAGUCUGUCUGGUGAGAAUGAAGCUGAAGGCUUUAGCUGGAGGUCUUUUCCUGAGUUUGCUUGUCCUCUGGAAUGUUUGUGACUGUGUUGAGACUCAUCAGGACGCGACCGAGACCGUAAUCAACCUCUUGGAGGCUCUUAGCAUCACUCACACUAUCCCCGGGAUCACUAAGGUCAAUGGUCGUGACCCAAAGAUGGCAGCCUGGCGUUUCCGUUCCAGCAGGCCUCAUCUCAAACUACCCCAGACAUUUUUGGACUACCUCUUCAACACCUCACAGGGCGUCCUGGGUUUGCACCUGGUGGGCAGUCAGCGCAGAGGCUCGGAGGCUACCCUCAUCUCCUUCACCUCCUCUACCUUCCAGAAGAAUGGCGAUCGUCCCCUGCUGGAGCUCGUCUCCAACACUAAAGCAGACUGGCUUCAGCUGGAGUUCAGGUCAGCGGACGGCCUGCGGCCUGCGGUGCUAAAGUUGCCUGGCGGGAGUCCCUUUACGGGCAGAGGUUGGGUGAGGAUGGCUCUGAGUGUGGAGCCCAGGCAGAUUGUGCUGUAUGUGGACUGCCAGGAUGCCGUGGUGCUCAAACUGAAAGAAGGGGGACGAAUCCUGACUCUGGACUUCCCACAUGAUCUGCAGGUUACCUUCUCCAGCACUGUAGGAAAAAAGUCCAGCAAGUUCAUGGGGGCUUGGCAGACGGCUGAACUCUCCACCAGGGCAUAUGAGAGGCGUCCAUGGUUCUGUGACAAUGUAACAGACUCCCUUCCAGACACAGUCUUUCGCACCAGUCCCACCGCAAACUAUAACCUGGAUAUGAUGCUAGAUCAGGGAGACCGUGGAGAUGGUAUAGUAUCAGCUACAAGAUACCCCAUUGAAUCAAACGAACGUCUUGGCCAACUGGAGAACAGCCUGCAUAACAUUCUGACAAUGCUGGACAUGCUGAGAAGACAGAACACGGCCCUGCAGGCAAGAGUUGACUACCUGGAAACGUGUGAGUGUUCGAAACGGAAGUGUGUGUACGAGGGACGAGAGAUGGAUGAGGGGUCCCGCUGGUCUCCUGACAGAAGCACCGUCUGUUACUGCACUCAAGGGAAUGUUCAGUGCGACCGCUUCAAUGAAUGCAGCUUUCAUGACAAUAUCUAUAGCAAUGGUGAUGUCUUCAGCACAGAUGACUGCAACCGCUGUACAUGUGAUCAUGGCAGAGUAGAGUGUAAUGUAAAUCCAUGUCCAUCACAGUCCUGUCAGCAACCACCUCCUCCUCCUCAGACGACAUGCUGCCCUGUCUGCCAGACAAGAUGUGAAUAUGAGGGUGAAAUCUAUGAGAACGGGAAGCAGUUUGUGUCAAGAUCAAACCCUUGCCUCAAGUGCAGCUGUUCUAACGGUCAGGUGACAUGUGACCCCAACCAGUGUCCGCCCCCUCCACGUCCAACCCCAGAGAGGAUAUCUGAAGACUGCACCUCCACAUGUGAUGUGCAGCAGUGUCCUCAGACGUGUCAGGAUGGUGUGAAGCUGUCGUCUGGCUCCUGCUGCACAGAUUGUUCCCGCUGUAACUUUGAGGGGCAGGUUAUUCUAGACGGCGUCUCUGUUCAACCCAUCCAUGACCCCUGCAAACGCUGUGUGUGCAAUAAUGGAAAUAUUAAUUGCGUUCAGAACCCACCCUGCCCACCGACUCCCUGUAAUAACCCAGUCACAAGACCAGGAGAAUGCUGUGCACGAUGUGAGGAGUGCACUCAUGAUGGUGAUGUAUACGCAGACGGUCAAACCUUUGUGUCCAGACAGGAUCCAUGCUCAAGAUGUCAGUGCUCGGGUGGACAAGUGUCGUGUGAGUCUGCGAUAUCUUCAUGUCCGUCUGCGAGUUGCACACACCCAACAAAACCACAUGACCAGUGCUGUCCGACUUGUAACACUUGUGAAUUUGAAGGAAGGGUUUAUGUAAAUGGAGAAGAGUUCAGGCCUCCUGGUGGAGGUCCAUGUAUCCAGUGUUUAUGCCAGAAUGGUAAUGUGAGAUGUCAUCAGGAAAAAUGCCCACACUUGAGCUGUGCAGUUCCCACUCCUGCCCGUCCUAACACCUGCUGUCCCACGUGCAGAGGAUGUACGUGGAAUUCUUUUCAAUAUGAAGAAGGAGCCACAUGGACUGUUGCUGACCAAACAUGUACUUGUCGGGAUGGACAGGUGACCUGUAUUGAACCUCUUAAAGUGACCCAAGCACCCUGCCCAGAUCACAGAGGAUGUACGUGGAAUUCUUUUCAAUAUGAAGAAGGAGCCACAUGGACUGUUUCUGACCAAACAUGUACUUGUCGGGAUGGACAGGUGACGUGUAUUGAAAAUCUCAAAGUGACCCCAGCACCCUGCCCAGAUCACAGAGGAUGUACGUGGAAUUCUUUUCAAUAUGAAGAAGGAGCCACAUGGACUGUUGCUGACCAAACAUGUUCUUGUCGGGAUGGACAGGUGACAUGUGUUGAAAAUCUCAAAGUGACCCAAGCACCCUGCCAGGAUCACAGAGGAUGUACGUGGAAUUCUUUUCAAUAUGAAGAAGGAGCCACAUGGACUGUUGCUGACCAAACAUGUUCUUGUCGGGAUGGACAGGUGACAUGUGUUGAAAAUCUCAAAGUGACCCAAGCACCCUGCCAGGAUCACAGAGGUGACGAUUGCUGUGGUGACUCCUGUGGGCAGUGCCAGUACAAGCAGUACUCGUAUACAAACGGCCAAACGUUCAAGGACCCAGAGGACCCCUGUGUGACAUGCACCUGUCAGAACGGCUUUGUGCACUGCGAGAUGAAGCAGUGUCCCCAACAGUGUGCUCAUCCGGUGAGCAUGAGGGACUGCUGUCCGGUGUGUGACGGAUGUCUGUUUGAAGGGCAGAGGUACAGAGACUCGCAGACGUUCUACGCCCCCUCAGACCCCUGCAGGGGAUGCGUGUGUCAGAGCAGCUCUGUUACAUGCAGCCCGAUCACCUGUCCCCAGGUUUCCUGCCAAAACCCCAUCACCCUGCCAGGACAGUGCUGCCCUCAGUGCAGAGGAUGUUUUCAGCGAGGUCAGGAGUAUUUAGAAGGAGAUAGCUUGACCCUCCCCAAUGAGCCCUGCAUCAAAUGCACCUGUGUGGACGGUGAGGUGAACUGUGUGGGUCCAGACUGUCCUAAACUGACCUGCAUGCAUCAGGUCACAGACCCCGGCUCCUGCUGUCCCCGCUGCAGAGGCUGUAUUUAUGAUGGCGUUGAGCAUCUUGAAGGCAGUACCUGGUUUGCAUCCAGAAGUCCCUGCAUGUCCUGCAUGUGUGUGAAUGGAGUGACCACCUGCUCAGAGGUCCACUGUCUGUCCACCUGUCUAAACCAGAUCAGCGUGCCGGGCGAAUGCUGCCCAGUGUGUGCAGACUGUGUGUAUGAAGGCCGUGUGUACGGCCCUGGAGAGAGUUUCCACCCUUCUGAUGACCCCUGUCAGAUCUGCACCUGUGAGGUGAUGCCAGAUGGGAAACAGCACUUGCGCUGUUACAGGAAGCAGUGCCCAAGUCUGGUGGACUGUCCUAAACACAACAUCCUUUACAGUGGCUCUGACUCCUGCUGUCCUGUCUGUGCACAGCCCCUCAGUAACUGCACAGCUACGCUGAUCGGUAAUGAAGUUUUGGCCACUGAUGAUCCAUGUUUUACCUGUCAGUGCAAGGAUUUGACGUGGACUUGUAUCCAUCGGGGCUGUCCUCCUCUCAGCUGCCCUCCGGCCGAACAGCACACACCGCCGGAUUCCUGUUGUCCCAUCUGUGAUGAUUGUGUAUUAGAGGGCAACCAAUAUCGCGUGUCAAACGGCCAGAGAUGGACGGACAGGGACAACGAGUGUGUCACCUGCAUCUGCAAUCAAGGGCAUAUCGAGUGUGAACUGCAGGAGUGUCCUCCUCUCGAAUGUCCGAAUGGAUGGAUCAAAGUGAAGAGUCCUGGGAAGUGCUGUCCUGAGUGCACAGGCAUCAUAACUGUGGCUUACUCCAAAGACGCUCAUGCAAAGUGUGUGUACGAUGGUCAGUGGUACAACCACAAUGAACACUGGCAGGUGGACGAGUGUACGUCCUGCACCUGUGUGUACGGAGACGUGCACUGCCAGACCCAGAGAUGCCCAACGCUCACGUGUGCCUCGGAUGAAACGCCGGCUCUGGUUCCGGGAAUGUGUUGUCCUCACUGUAUUCCUCGACCGGCCACAUGCAUUGUGUUUGGAGACCCUCACUACCGAACGUUUGAUGGAAAGAUGGUGAACUUCCAGGGGAAGUGCACAUAUGUUCUGGCUCAGGACUGUUCGGGCGGAGACUUCAGUGUUCAUGUGUCUAAUGAGGACCGGGGACGUAAGGGAGUGUCUUGGACUAAAGAAGUGACCGUGUUUAUUGGAGAUAUUGUGGUACAGCUGUUCCAGGACUGGAUUGUCAAGGUUGAUUAUCAGCAAGUCUCUCUGCCGUUUCUUAAAGAGCCGUAUGUUUACCUGGAACGCAAGACCAACACCAUCCUCCUGAACACCAAUGUUGGGCUGAAGGUGUUGUGGAAUGGUCGUUCUCAUCUGGAAGUCAGUGUUCCUGGCACCUACAAGAAUCACAUGUGUGGUUUAUGCGGCAACUUCAAUAACUACCCUCAUGACGACAUGAAACUACGCAAUAAACAAAUCACCAACUCUGAAGCAGUGUUUGGAAACGACUGGAAGGUGGGCAGUGAAAAUCCAAGUGUUCAGUGUCCUGAUGCGAUAAACAUUCUCCCGUGUCAAGAAGCAGGAUACUCGGCCCGUAAGACUGCGAACGCUCGCUGCGCAGUGUUGAAGUCGCCCGUUUUUGAGCGCUGUCACAAGCUGGUGCCACCCGAGAUGUUCUUUGCUUCGUGUGUGUAUGAUCUGUGUGCCUGCGGCUCCAAUAUAGACGAGUGUUUGUGUGAUGUGUUGGAGGCUUACGCAUCUGAGUGCCGUGAGGCUGGAGUUAUCCUGCAGUGGAGGUCGCCGACACUCUGUGCUGUGGGCUGUCCUCUUGACCGCGGAUAUGUGUUUGAUGAAUGCGGGCCGCCGUGUCCUAAGACAUGUUUUAACAAAGACGUGCCGCUUGGCGUGAUCGAGUCUCACUGCUUCAAACCCUGUGUGCCGGGAUGCCAGUGUCCCGCUGGCCUGGUGGAACACAACGCUCACUGCAUCGCCCCCGAGAAAUGCCCCAAAAUUAUCCAUGGCAAUCUCUGAGAGCCACAAACUCUACCAAGCAUCACGUGGAGUCACACCAGCUUAAAACUGAGAUCUGAUGAACCGUAACAAGCUCUUUAAGUCAACAUGAAAUCAGAAUUUGCUUUAUUUCAUUUAAUUCAUAUUCCUGGUCUCACACUAUAAGAUUUAUUCUGAAUUUGUAGCCUUAAAUCUAACUGUUGAUGCUUGAACUUGAAGCCCAUUUAAGUUUUACUUUAUAUCUCAAACCACAUAAACACUCUUCUACUGUGUACUGCAUUUAGUUGUUUUGUUGAACUGUUUUAUUGGUGCUACUGUGUGUAAGUGUCUCUGACUGAUUAUAGGACACUGUGUUAACCUGAGUUUCAUGGAGCUAAUGUUUACUUGUCCAUGCGAUGAUAGGAGGAUGUUUUGAGCCAGAUGGACAAAGUUUACCUGCUUUUUCCUCACCACAGAACAAGAUAGGGCUUUUUGCACUGGUAUUGUGGUUUUAAAUAUUUUGUUAAUCUCUUAAAAUACAUAGUUUUAUAAGCAAUAUGUUAAGAAUACACUUCAUUUGCAACAUUGACAGUGAAUCUAAAUAAAAAAAAGAAACACAAGCUAAAUCUAACAGUGCCUCUACAGGAUUAUUUUGAGUUAUAAUUGUUAUAUUCAUCAGAUGCAUUGACAUUCUCAGGUUCUGUAAAUGGUCGGUUUUUGUGAGUGACAUUGUCAUAAACAUUGUGUUCUCAUUUACUGUUAAGGUAUAUUAGUAACACAUAAUCUCACUGUUACCCAGCCUCUGUUUUUGCAUAUAAAAUGGUUUAUUCUAAAAUGGUUUAUUCCUUUUUAGAGAAAAACAGUCAAAAAUAAAAAAAGAGCAACAA